CUCAUCUUUCCUCGGGAGGAGCUUUCAAUCCUCCAACAAGAGUGAAAAACUGUCAAAAACAGCACUUCAACCCAGUGAACGACACACCGAAGAUGAAGCUUUCUUUUGUCUUUAUACUUUUAUUAGAUGUCCCUCUUCUGAAAGGGCAGCAGAGGAUCGAGGAGUUUGAACAGAUUUUGCUGAGACUCUCCUUUCCUUCGUUUUACAACAGCUACAGCAAGUCCUGCUGUAAACUGUAUCCGGGAGGAUGUUACAAGCUGCUGGACAGUGCGGGAUAUACCUGCGACUUACUGAGAGGAAGAGUUACCAAAACUGAGAUGGACGGCUGGAUCGAAUUCAAAAUAUCAAAUGUACAAUUUGGAGAUGGAGGCUUUUACAGAUGUGGGGUGCUGGGAUCCCAAAGCCACAUCUACAGAGACUACUAUGUUGAAGUCUUUGAGGCUUCAAAUCAUCACAGACAGUCUCAGCCUCCAACGACAGCAACCAUUAAAACCCUGAACGCCUCCACGACGCUCCCAGACUCCACUGGGGCCGCUCUGGCUCAGGACCACGGGGACAUCAGCAGAGAUCCCUGGAGUUUUGGUCUGCCUCUAGCUAUCUCUGUGUCCAUUGCAGCGAUGAUUGUCAUCACUUCAGUUAUUGGGAUUGUUUGCUGCAGAGUCAAGGCAAAAUGUAAACAGUCGGACAAAUAUGGGGAAACUCUGUGUGAGUCAGUGAAACAAGAAGCCCCGGAAAUAAGCGGCAUCGUCUACACAACAGUGGACUUCAGAGCGCACCAGAAACCCGACGAGGUCUACGCAAACCUGAGCAUGCACAAAGCACGAGCAGAGGCCUCAGAGCAUGCUGGGAUGGUGGAGUACUCCACACUGGCAAUCUGACAGGGAAUUUAAGAGUUUGUUUUAGGACUAAUGUAGUUUUUGAGCUGUCUUUUUAAUGGAUUUUUAUUCAGUUACCAUGUAGAGUUUGACAGACACAGUAUUAACCAGGCAGAAAGGGAAUGCAACAUAAAGAUGCAGUUGGUUGCAGUAUGGGAAAUGUACUAUCCAUCCUAGCUUGACUCAACUGUGCUGAUUUGGUUUUUUUUAACUCUUGUGUCCCCAUCUUUGUGGAAGUUUGUUAAAAUUAUUGUUGACAUGAAAAAUGAAAUUAUAAUGACAUUAAAGAAAUGAACUCUCGAUGGUGAAA